AUGUCUUCUAAGCUGCCCUCAAGCAUGCAGAAACCCACCUCCCCGUUCAGAAAGAGAGGGAGCCUGCAGUAUACAGCCAGUGCAGAUCUCCGCGUUGGCCGUCACCUCCUGACCACACAGCACUCCCUGCCCGGAAACCCUGUCGCUCUUAAACACUGUCCGAUUGACCUGCGUACCUCCAUGGAUGGCAAAUACAAGGAAAUUGCAGAGGAGCUGUUCUCACGCAGCCUGGCAGAGAGUGAGAUGCGCAGCGCCCCGUACGAGUUCCCAGAGGACAGUCCCAUCGAGCAGCUGGAGGAGAAACGCCACAGACUAGAGCGACAGAUCAGCCAGGAUGUCAAGUUUGAGCCUGACAUCUUACUGCGAGCCAAGCAGGAGUUCAUGAAGACAGACAGUGCCAGUGACCUUGAGUACCUGAAGGAGCAGAAUCAAGUGGCUAUGGACCACGCUCCGGAGAGAGAGCUGCCACCUGAGCGGGAAUAUCAGCGGGUUACCAUCUCUGGAGAGGAAAAAUGUGGAGUGCCCUUCACUGAUUUGUUGGAUGCUGCAAAGUGUGUGGUGAAAGCCCUCUUCAUCAGGGAAAAGUACAUGGCCCAGUCCAUGCAGAGCUUCUGUAGGACCACCACACGCUACCUCCAGGAGCUGGGGGACAGACCUCUGGACCUCAACGUAUUCGAAGAGGUCCCAGAGACUUCCCUCACACCAGAUGCCCCAGUGCACCCGCCUGCCACAGAGACCCAUCCCUAUGAAAAUCUAGACCCCCAAAACAUGCCUCCUGACACAGGCUACGGGUGCAAGAUGGUGGAUGGUGUGAUUCACGUUUACACCGACAAGAGCACCAUGGAGAAGGGCACAGAAUUGGACCUUCCAUACCCAGAUCUCCAGGAGUAUAUUGCUGAUAUGAAUGUGAUGAUGGCCCUUAUUAUUAACGGACCAGUGAAGUCGUUCUGCUACCGUCGCCUGCAGUACCUGAGCUCCAAAUUUCAGAUGCACAUCUUGCUGAAUGAAAUGAAAGAGCUGGCAGCGCAGAAGAAGGUCCCCCAUCGUGAUUUCUACAACAUUCGUAAGGUGGAUACCCACAUCCACGCCUCUGCCUGCAUGAACCAGAAGCACCUCCUACGCUUCAUUAAGAGGGCCAUGAAAAAGUACCCGGAGGAGAUAGUGCACAUGGAGAAGGGGCGUGGCCAGACCCUCAGGGAGGUCUUUGAGAGCAUGAACCUCACUGCCUUCGAUCUGAGUGUGGACACACUGGACAUGCAUGCGGACCGUAACACUUUCCACCGCUUUGACAAGUUCAAUGCCAAAUAUAACCCCAUCGGUGAGUCCAUUCUCAGAGAGAUCUUCAUCAAAACGGACAACUAUAUCGAAGGCAAAUACUUCGGACACAUUAUCAAGGAAGUGAUGUCUGACCUGGAGGAGAGCAAGUACCAAAACGCGGAGCUGCGUUUGUCCAUAUACGGUCGUUCCCGUGAUGAAUGGGAUAAACUGGCCCACUGGGCCGUCAGGCAUCGCGUUUACUCGGAUAACGUACGCUGGCUCGUACAGGUGCCCCGUCUCUUUGAUGUAUAUCACACUAAGAAGCAGCUGUCCAACUUCCAAGAAAUGCUAGAGAAUAUCUUUAUGCCUUUGUUUGAGGCCACAAUGGAUCCCAGCAGUCACCCUGAACUGCACCUCUUCCUACAGCAUGUGGUGGGUUUUGACAGUGUGGAUGAUGAGUCAAAACCAGAGCAUCAUAUUUUUAACCUGGACAGUCCCCUGCCGGGUAGCUGGACAGAGGAGGACAACCCACCCUAUUCCUACUACCUCUACUACAUGUACGCUAACAUGACUGUGCUUAACCACCUGCGCAGGAGACAGAACAUGAACACACUUGUCCUGCGGCCCCACUGUGGAGAAGCGGGUCCCAUUCAUCACCUGGUGUCUGGUUUCAUGCUGUCAGAGAACAUUUCUCAUGGACUGCUCCUGAGGAAGGCACCUGUUUUGCAGUAUCUGUAUUAUCUGGCUCAGAUUGGCAUUGCCAUGUCUCCCCUAAGCAACAACAGCCUUUUCCUUAGCUACCAUCGCAACCCGCUGCCAGAGUAUCUGUCCCGAGGCCUCAUGGUGUCCUUAUCCACUGAUGAUCCUCUGCAGUUUCAUUUCACCAAGGAGCCUCUGAUGGAAGAGUACAGCAUUGCUACUCAGGUGUGGAAACUCAGCUCCUGUGAUAUGUGCGAACUGGCCAGAAACAGUGUGCUUAUGAGUGGCUUUACCCACCAGGUUAAGAGCUACUGGCUCGGCCCUGAUUACAUCAGAGAGGGACAGGAGGGCAAUGACAUCCGCCGAACCAACGUGCCUGACAUCCGUGUGGCAUACCGCUAUGAGACCUUGUGUGAGGAGCUCAACCUGAUCACACAGGCCAUCCGCACCGAAGCCCUGGACACUAUCGAGGAGGAGGGAAGUCUCUGCAUGACCGUGGGACCACAGAGCAGGCAAUGA